GUCAAUGCCCAUGUUCGCGCUAUACAUAUAGAACUCACUGUUAAGAACACAUGGUGAUCAACCCCACCAUCGUCAUCGCCGGCGCUCCCUCACUCACCAUACAUCACCAUGCUGUCCUCCUCCAUCGAACAUUGGACAUACCACAUGACGCCUUAACUCGGGCGAGGAUAGACCAUGUCACGCAAGGGCGUCGGAAUCGGGGCAUUCGACCGCUCGCGGCUCACCUCCCGCCAAUUCGCCUCGCACGGCUCGUCCCUGCGCGCCUCCAACACCGAAGCCCUCACCACACAACUCACCGUCUUCCGGUCCCUCCUCCAGCAAUUCGCCCAGACACACGCCAAGGACAUCCGCUCCGACCCUGCCUUCCGCGCACAGUUUGCGCGCAUGUGCACGGCGAUCGGCGUCGACCCGCUUGCCUCCUCGUCGUCGUCCUCAUCCGGGGCAGGCGGUGGACUGUGGGCGCAGCUGCUUGGCGGCAGUGUCAACGAUUUUUACUUUGAACUAGCGGUGCGGGUCGUGGAGGUCUGCAGUCGGACGCGAGGAGAGAAUGGUGGGCUGAUAGGGUUAAAGGAACUCACGGAGAGGGUAUCACAGGGGAGAAUGGAGGGCAGCACCGAAAUUUCGGCCGACGACGUCAAGAGGGCGGUCGAGACGCUCAAGCCUUUGGGUGGAAGCUACGCGAUCAUCAGCGUCGGACACAAGGAGUAUGUGAGGAGUGUCCCAAGAGAGCUCAGCAACGACCAGGCCUCGGUGGUGGAGGCGGCACAAGUGCUGGGGUACGUGAGUGUCAGCAUGUUGCGGGAUAACCUAGGCUGGGAAAAGGCUCGAUGCCAAACAGUGAUAGACGACCUCAUGUCGGAAGGCAUGCUGUGGGUGGACAAACAGACCAGAGGCGAGUGGGAGUAUUGGAGUCCGACUUCGAUGAUGGACACAGAGGGCGUGAUGGAGCCUGCCAUAGAAGGAGGAUAGGUGACGUGAACAUGAUCAAAAAAACA